CGCAUUGAACAAUUAUAAUGAGCCUGCUGAGUGCCUUUGUGUCUUUUGAUCCAGUCUCAAACGACCAUGGUUUUCAACCAGGUAAAAUACACAGAGCAGUGUUAUUACUGAGUGAGCGCAAGGCUGCCAUAUUGUUUGCGAUGGCUGCGCCCAAGUCCAGCCCGCCAGUCGACGGGGGUAAAGUCGCCUGGAUCGCCGGCCUAGCCCUUUGGACAAGGAAUUUCAUGUGGCCUGGAGUCCUCAAGGGACUUGGCAUCAUGUUGCCGACGAUACAAGACCAGCUUGGAGCAGCGACGUGGACUAUGGGAUGGAUAUCCUCACUGAUUACAGUUGUGGCUGGUAUUUCAGGUGUUUUUGCAGGUUUUCUCGGCAGGCGUUUCGGCAUGGGUUUUUCCAUCAUGAUUUGUGGUGCGCUGAUUAGCCUGUCCGCCAUCGCAACUUCCUAUGCGACCAGUGUGGUCCAGUUGGCUUGUUUCUGUAUCCUGUUGGCAGGUACUGGCUUCGGAGUUUCAGGUGUGCUCGCAAAAGAGGCAGUCGGUCGCACUUUUCAGACAAACUACGCCACAGCCACCGGCUGGGCACAAACGGGGUACAACAUCGGCUUAUUCUCCUUCGCGCCCCUAGUCCAACUCUUCUUAGACACGUACGGCUGGAGGGGCGCCAUGCUGCUCAUGGGCGGAAUCCUGCUUCAUUUCUCGGCUUGCGGGGCUCUGAUGAUGACGGCUAACAUUGGCACGAGAAACGACUACCAACAACUCAAGGGGGGUAAUGAUGCCGCUGCCUCUGAAGAAGCUAGAAGCGGCCUCGCAUCUUGUUGUGGGGAGUUCGUGAAGAAAGCUUCCAGUAAUUUGGACCUCGGAUUGCUGAAGGAUCUUAGGUACUGGUCCAUCGCGUUGAUGAUUUGUAAUACCAAGUUUGCAAGCGGCAUGAUUGUCAUCUAUUUUGUGUCGGUCGCAGAGUCAAACGGCUUGACAGUCGGGGAGGCAGCCUCUAUCGUCACAAUCGGCGGCAUUUUGAGUCUAGUCACGAAACUCAUCCAGGGGUUACUGGUAGACCGCGGAUGGAUACCAGCUUGGUGCCUCAUGGCCAUUGCUAUCGUGUUCAGUACCGUGUCGUAUUGCGCCACGCCAUGGCUGACUUCGUAUUGGCCGCUCGUGACGACGAUGUGCCUUAUUCUGAUCGGUGACGGCAUAAUAUCCAGUUUGAAUGACGUUCUCAUGAAGCAGUUGUUAGGAGUUGAGUUGUUAGCCGGGGCGUACGGUUGGAUCGGGAUUAAGAUUGGUCUGUUGGCAUUCUCUCUUGGAUUCUUCCCAGGUUGGCUGUACGACACCACGGGUAGCUACACCAUAGCCCUUGCUGUGAUUGGCGGAAUCCAGUUUCUACCCAUAAUUCCCCUCUUACUGCUGCGAUAUUUCAGAUAUAUUUAGCGUCUUCGACUACUUGCCACGAACUUACUCGUCAGAGCGACUGCGUUCGAUUUAACACACACGUGUUUUCUUAGGCUUACUCGAGCAUGGCCCAAGUAACCGACCCCUGAGCCGGUUACUUGGGUAAGUAUCCCAUAAGGCCAUACUCUAACAUGGCUGCCACCGUACGGUGACGGUAGUUUAAGGCAGUAUGCGGACGACACUGUGAUUUAUAGGACCAUUUCUAGCAAGUAGCAUGUGUUGAAAACCAUGCUUGAGUUUCUUCCAUCGAGACGCCGCAUAAGAUGCCCUCCAUGUAAAACCAACAAAAGGAAGUUCUCGUUCCCCCCAGUGGCUAUUAGACUUAUAAACAACUGAUUAUUAUUUGCAUGUUUUUAUGUUCAUCAUUUUAUUUGUCAUUUUUAUAUGCAACCAUUAAUCACGGGUAUCAGUAUCAGUAUCAUUAUCAUUAAUCGAGCUCUCAUUACUCCAGUGGCUAUUAGACCAUUAGGUUCAUCAUUUUAAAUUGGAAAC